AUGUCAGAAUCACAACAACAACAACAACAAUUAGUAUCUAGUUCAAGUAAAAAUUUGUUAAAUGAUAAAUGGGAUGUAGUAUUAUCAAAUGCAUUAAUUAAAACUGGUUUAGGUUUUGGUGGAGGUGUUUUAGCAUCAAUAUUAUUUUUUAAAAGAAGAUCAUUUCCAGUUUGGGUCGGCAUUGGAUUUGGAUUAGGUAGAGGUUAUUCAGAAGGAGAUGCUAUAUUUAGAUCAAAUCAUGGUUUAAGAACAGUUAAAGCAUAA